AUGAACUCCUCUCAGGGCACGGUUGGCAGUGACCCCGUCAUCCUUGCCACGGCCGGAUAUGACCACACUGUACGAUUUUGGCAAGCCCACAGUGGCAUCUGUACCCGCACGGUACAGCAUCAAGACUCUCAGGUGAAUGCCUUGGAGGUGACCCCAGACCGGAGCAUGAUAGCAGCUGCAGGUUAUCAGCAUAUCCGCAUGUAUGAUCUCAACUCCAACAACCCAAACCCUGUUAUCAACUAUGACGGCGUCAGCAAGAACAUCACAUCGGUGGGUUUUCAUGAGGAUGGACGCUGGAUGUAUACAGGAGGAGAGGACUGCAUGGCCAGGAUCUGGGACCUGAGGUCCCGCAACCUUCAGUGCCAGCGAAUAUUCCAGGUGAAUGCUCCGAUCAACUGCGUUUUUCUCCAUCCCAAUCAGGCUGAACUCAUCGUUGGAGAUCAGAGCGGUGCCAUCCACAUCUGGGACUUAAAAACAGACCAGAACGAGCAGCUAAUACCUGAGGCCGAGGCAGCUGUCAACGCUGUCCAUAUCGACCCCGAUGCCAGUUACAUGGCUGCCGUCAACGGCUCAGGAAACUGCUUUGUUUGGAACUUGACAGGAGGCCUCGGAGAAGACCUGACACAACUUAUCCCUAAAACCAAAAUUCCGUCUCACAAGCGUUGUGCGCUGCGAUGUAAAUUCAGCCCUGACUCCACACUCCUGGCCACAUGCUCAGCUGAUCAGACCUGCAAGAUCUGGAGGACCUCCAACUUCUCACUGAUGACAGAGCUGAGUAUAAAGAGUAACAACCCCGGAGAGACAUCAAGAGGCUGGAUGUGGGACUGUGCCUUUUCCGGGGACUCGCAGUACAUUGUUACAGCAUCAUCAGAUAACCUGGCUCGGCUGUGGUGCGUAGAGACCGGCGAGAUCAAGAGAGAAUACAGCGGGCACAGAAAGCGUGGUCUGUCUAGCAUUUAAUGACAGCGUGUUGGGCUGA